GUUCGGUGCGACUCUCUGUGAGUCUUUUGAUCCCCAAGAAUUGUCUGGUCAUUUAGCCGGCGGUUUUGUUUUUCCGCUCCGUCAAAAUUUCUGGACCAAACUCAAAAUAUGUGCGGCCUUCUCACACCGAAGAUCGAAAACAUACCCCGCAGCUCAACAUGGUAGCAAAACGCCAAAAGCCGCUGUCCUCGAAGGCGGCAUUGCCGUUUGUGACGGGCAACAAGUUCAAGCGUCAAGAUCUGCAUGUCAAGCAAAAGAAGGCAAGGGACAGCCUUCGCCGCGAUGAGAGGUUCAAGCGCAAGAGGGUGGAGGACAAAGAUCCCGAGCUGAGGAGGGAGCGAUUGGCUCGCAAUGUGCCAAUGACAAUCGAUAUGAAGCGUGUUUGGGAUGAAGAGGAUGGCAAUGGACUGAAUAUCUCCGUGGACGUUGAGCAAUUGAGGAGGAGGCGGCUGGAAGCAGCAGAGGCAGGAGACGCAAUGGACGAGGAUUUGCCUGAGCAAGCCGCUGAGGACGACGUGGAUUCUAUGCUGGGGUCGGAUGAGGAAAUGGACGAUGAGGAGGAUACGGAGCACUCUGCACGUCGUCAAAGGGAUGCGUCAAGCGCACCUUCUCUCGCCGCCUCGACCACGAGCACAAACCUCGACCUCACACCUGAGAGUCUGGCUCUGAAGUUUCCGACUCUCUUCACCGAUGAGCCUCCGCCAGCACCCAAGGUCCUCCUCACAACCUCCCUCAACUCGACCCUCCACAACGAAGCGCACCUGCUGUGCACCCUCUUCCCGAACUCGACCUACAUUCCUCGUUCCGCCCAUCGCUACGGACACAAGUUCUCCGUCCGCGAAAUCGCCAAGUUCGCCACGAACAGGGAAUACACCGCUCUUAUUGUUGUGAAGGAGGAUGCCAAGAAGCCGACUGGGCUUUCUAUCGUGCACCUUCCCCACGGUCCAACGUGCCACUUCAGCAUCGCAAACUGGGUCGAGGGCAAGAAGCUGCCAGGUCAUGGCAACCCCACGAACCACUACCCCGAGCUGAUCCUCAAUAACUUCCGCACGCCGCUGGGUCUGUUGACGGCGCGCUUGUUCCUGACGCUGUUUCCACCACAGCCCGAGCUGCAGGGCCGCCAGGUCGUGACGCUGCAUAACCAGCGCGAUUACAUCUUCGUGCGACGCCACCGAUACGUGUUCCGUGACAAGCGGCCGACCGAGAAGAGCGUCGUCGGGCCGGAUGGAGAGAAGGUGAAGGGCGUGGAGGAGAUCAGGGCAGGGCUGCAGGAGCUGGGGCCGCGGUUUACACUGAAGCUUAGGCGGGUUGAUAAGGGGAUUGGACGGGCGGGGAGUCAGGGCGAUGAUGGGCUACAGUGGGAAUGGAAGGCGCAUAUGGAGAAGAAGCGUACGAGGUUCAAUUUAUGAGCUGGGAUUAGGUUGGGUUGGCGUUGGGGAUUUGAGGGGGGAUACCUUGGCAUAGUUAAGCGUAGUGUAUAUAUCGUAAGUUCAAUUCUAUGGCCU